UGUUCUUCCGGACUGAACCAAACCGGAAACGUGCUACGUACAGCUUUUGUUUUCGCUGUUGCACAUCGUUUUGAAAUAUCAGGCAUCAUGUCGGGCACAUCAAACAUUGUUGCGAUGAAGAAAGUCGUUCAGCAAUUACGCUUUGAAGCAAACAUUAACAGAGUAAAGGUUUCUCAGGCGGCUGCGGAGCUCCAGCAGUUUUGCAUUCAAAACGCCUUACAAGAUCCUCUGCUGACCGGGGUGUCUUCAAGCACCAACCCCUUUAGGACACAGAAAGUUUGCUCCUUUUUGUGAGGGUCCAUGAUGGCUUUUUUAUUUUGCCUUAGGCUUUUUCCUGUUCCUGUGACAUCUCUGCUGGGAAAAAAUGAAAACCACUGCCAUGAUGUGUAAUAGAAACAGCAACCGCACAAAGCUGUUCACUUGUCAGUCAGUACCUCACGCCAUAAACACAGAAUCAAGAACUGGAAGGAUUCACCUCUCUGGCCUUUAUUUCAGUUAUGGUGCAUUUUCCUGUCAGUUUUCAUUUUUUAGAGAAGAAACUUCUUUUUUAUAUAUUCUAACUUGUAAUUGACUCUCCCUUCGACAAGCCUAUUGUUCUUAAAUUUAUGCCUUAACAAGUGGUAAAUGACGCUCCAGUUUUGUGGAGGAAAGGCUUUUGUAUUUUUAUCUGGAACAGCAGAGGGAAAUUAGUAAUUUAUUGUGCCUUUUUAACAGUGUAGUCUAUUUCUAUCUUCUCUGCCUUAGGCUUUUUAUAACCCCAAAUAAACCAAUUGAUUUCUA